AAUAGUCACGUGAUCAACAAAAACGUAAAUACACGUCAGGCUAAUCAACGCGGAAAGUUCCACAUCAUUCAACUUUUCAGAUUGAUAGGUAUUGUAGGAGUGGUGAUUCAUUGUUCUCGACUCUCAUUUUGACCAUUCCCGAUUGAAGCAGCAAAUGUUUGAUGGAUGCAGCUAACAAUAGAGCAAAUCUAACGAGGAUUUGCUCACUUUUGGCUUGCAUCAUUAUCUUCACGAACAUUUCGCAAGCCGAAUCGGCCGAGGGGAACCCCGGGACUUCAGGCGAGAAUAAUAACAGUGAGCGUUUGAGCGGCAGUUCCAGGCUUCAGAAUGCUGUUCAUCGUCCGUCACCAGAGAGUUGUUCAGCCUCACACUCACAGGGUGUUAAUAGGCCUCUGAUGAUCCUGAGCACGGUGGAUGGGAAGGUACUUGCCUUGGACAUCCAGAAUGCUGGCCAACAGCAGUGGAGUAUGGAUGCUGGCAUUGGACCUCUACUCUCAUCAUCCAUCAGUCAAUUUGAGAUCAUGGGCCCUGAAGGAGUAUACAAGGUGAUACCAUCGUUGAACGGGGGUCUGUUCAAAUGGGAUGGGGAGACUCUUGAAGCAGUUCCGUUCACAGCAGAAUCCCUUCUCAGUACCUCAUUCAGGCUCAACGAAGAGACGAUGAUGGUCGGUGGCAAGGAGAUCCAUACGUUUGGCAUCAAUGCUAGAACUGGAGAGGUGCACUAUAUUUGUGGUACUGGUGGAUGUCAACUGUAUGGAGACGAAGCUGCUGAUGACCAAGACAUCAUUGUCAUUCAGCAGACCAGGCAAACAGUGAGGGCAGUAGACCAAAGAAAUGGCUUAGAAAAAUGGAAUUUCAGUGUCGGUCAGCAUGAUGUUACCUUCCUGAAAGGAAAGCACCCUACCAAUGAUGAUCUAGAGGAUGAUGAUGAUGAAGUGGUAUGCGAGGUGGAGAAUGAUGUCGCCGACGUUGACAUCCCAUCGGUGAAGGUUGACAUGGCAACCAAAACGGUCUUUGCUCUCGGUGGGCCGAGUGGGAGACAGCUCCUUUGGUCUCACGAGUUGGAGAGUUGCAUCGCCAGUGCUUGGACAAUCCAGGAUGGAGUGGUAAGUGAGGUUGACCUCUUUCAGCCUGUGACCCUUGGCCUUGCUGGGGGCGCUGACCCCCAGAUGACCCCUUUCUUCUCGGAUUAUUCACAGCCCAUGCUGUUUGUAGGCAACCACAUGAAUCAGCUUUACGUCCAGCCGUCGUCCAACACCAACUCUGAAAUAUCCCAGGCUGCUUGGGCGGCCCACAGAGUGCAGGCCAACCCUCAGGAUGGGAGUCUUGUAGCUCCGAGGGUACGCUGGAGACCUUACGCAUACACCUCCGUCUCCAGGACGCCCCUGAUGGUGGCAGCUAAGAAUGAGGAGAACCUGCAAGCCAGCAAUAAGGGGAAAGGAGAGUCUAAUAAAGAUGUCACUGUCUGGAACCAGUACCCUUUCGACAAUGGCUACUACCUAUUGCAUCAGCUGACCCCGGUACACAUGCCUCAGAAUAGACAGUUGGAGGGGAAUGAAAGCCAAGAUGGCGGUUUGGAGAUACUCUUCAGCGUAUCCGUGUGGACAUGGUGGAGAGAAAUCUUUGGAACCAGUAUGUUGCUUGCUAUUGGGAUGCAACUGUUCUUCCACUAUGUCUUGAAACCAAGAAGAAAACGGAGAGCAGCGGAGAAAGAAGUCCAGGAUGAAGGAGACGGGACGGACAUAGAAGAGGAGAAACCAACAAGUCCUGAAAUCAAAAUCACAAAUGAGCCAUCAGCUCAUGAGUUCAAGUCAAGGUACCUAACAGACUUUGAGCACACUGAGUGCCUUGGUAAAGGAGGCUUUGGAAUCGUCUUCAGAGCAAAGAACAAGGUGGAUGAAAACAGUUAUGCUGUCAAGAGAAUCACCCUCCCAAAUAGAGAGGAAGCAAGAGACAAAGUCCUGAGAGAGGCCCGAACCCUGGCUAUUCUGGACCACUCGGGCAUUGUGAGGUAUUUCAACUCCUGGCUUGAAGGACCGCCUCUAGGCUGGCAGGACAUUCAAGAUAAGGACUUCGUUGGUGAAAGUCUUGCUGGUAAUGAGGGGCUCACUUCUAUGGACACUCCUGCACUCUUCAACAAAAACAGUGAGCUGAUCCGAAACCAUGACCAAUUGAUGCAGCAGACCGGAGGCAAAUCAAGCAUGGAUGCCAGUUUUAGUCUACUGGGAAAGACAAGGGAAAGUCCUGUCCUUAGGUUUGACCUGUCCGGUGAAAGUAGCGUCAGCAGUGAGGGCAGGGUCAACCAAAAAGGUGACAACAAGAUGACAGGAGUGGAGUCGGAAAUCCUCUUUCCCGGAGCUGUUGAGAAUUUAACGGGAGUUUUCGAUGUUGGAAGUGAGUUCGACGAGAGCGGGUCUUUUAGUAUUGUGUUUCAAGGCAUGGAAGGGGAUAAUAGCCAAAGCAUGAGUGUUGGUUCAGACUCCGGAGAAGAGACUCCACAGAAUCUAGGAAACUUGGAUGGAAGCACUUCAAACAGAAGUACAGACACAUCCCUCAAUAAUACAAUGGACGUACCCUUCAAGCAGUAUGCCAGUGAGGCGAAUGGUGUGAAAGACCUUGAUAGAAGCGAAUCAUUCCAGAUAUUCUUUGAGGAUUCAGGAUGCACAGAUCAGCCUCAGUAUUCAGACUCGGAGUCCACUCAAUCGGAAACCUCCAAGUCCUCCAGGAACAGUUCCGCAUCAAGCAAUGCUCCAUGCGCCAAAGGAGGGCAUUGGAAAGAAGUAUCCGCUCACCAUGCGGGGACACUGAGCCACACCCCCACGACAUCGUCAGCGGCGGUGAAAGUCCCGAAGAUAUACCUGUAUAUACAGAUGCAGCUGUGCCGCAAGGAAACCCUCAAGGAUUGGCUGAGUACUAACACGCUGUCCAGGGAUAGGAAUAAAGUACUUCAUAUCUUCCAUCAGAUCCUGGAAGCAGUCAACUACAUCCAUGGCUGUGGGAUGAUCCAUAGAGAUCUCAAGCCCUCAAAUAUAUUCUUCUCAGUGGAUGGUAAGGUGAAGGUAGGAGACUUUGGUUUGGUGACGGCCAUCGAUACAGGCAUGGAAGGGGAUGAAGAUGCUGUCGACGGCGCACCGGGACACAUCCAUACCGGCAAAGUUGGAACACAGCUAUACAUGUGCCCAGAACAGGUUUCUGGUCAGAAUUAUGAUCACAAGGUUGAUAUUUUCUCUCUCGGACUCAUCUUCUUUGAGCUGUUUCAUCCCUUCUCUACACAAAUGGAACGCAUCAUGGUCAUGUGCCAAGCCAAGAGACAGGACUUCCCCAGAAGAUUUACUAAAGAACUGCCUUUAGAGGCAAAGUUUGCAAUGUGGCUGCUCUCCCACGACCCCGACCGUCGACCCGAUAGUGAUGAAAUCAGCGACAGUGAAAUAUGUAGACAAUUAUACGAGGACUAUGUUCCACCUUCGAACCACAAUGUAAGAAACAGAGGAAUUUCUAAUUCGUCGAGAUAAUGGUGGUCACAAGGUAGUCUACUAAAUCAGACUUUAUCAAGCAAUAUCGGUGUUACUCCGGAGAACCAGCUAUUGGGCUUUUUUAUUAAAAUCAAUGUGGACAUAGAAUCUGUGAGGGGUGCACGAAAUGGAGAAAAUCCCAUGGUUAACGGUGGGCUCAAUAUUUUCUGGGCGAGUCCAUAAACUGAUCUACGUCCAUGAAGAUCUAGGAUGCAUGCUUGUUCCUUAGAAGUACAUGUAACAGCCAAUCAUCAGCAUGCUCUGAGCAGGUAUGAUGUCAUAUGUCCGACCACAAUGGAAAACAAAAUGGAGUUGUUAAAGCACUAGCCUCUCCAUCACCUGUGUUGCCAAAUGCUCAAUACAUCGCUGAGCGAAAACAUGCUUUUAGCCUGUAUCCUGUUGCUCACUGGAACCAAGUGGUUCCUAUGCAAAGACUUUGAGGAUUACAGAAUUCAGUAUCUGAUGGGUUGAAGAGAAGUACAUUUGCAUGUAGGAAAGAGCCUUCAGAAGUGUCUGUCUACUUUAUGAGUGGAUUGUUGUUUAUAAGUAAUGGAGCUGGCAAGAUGUAUCUUUGAACGCUUAUUGAUGUAUUUCAUCAGAGAAAAUGAACUGAUGUAAAUUUGCCAUUUACAGAAGUUAUGUCCAUGCAAAUUAGGUGGUCACAAUUUUUAUUCUGUGUUGCUUCUGCAUCUUGAGGUAUUAUCUCAAGAACUUUGAUAUGAUUGGUUUCUAUUUCAGGCCUUAAACUUUACUAUUUUUAGAGCUAGGGUGCAUUCCUCUGUAUCACAGUGCAAAUGGAACAAAACUAUAAAAAUGGCAGAACAAAUCUCAAUGGCGUAGCAAUGAGAGGGGCAUUGGAGCCUAAGGCCCGUAUUCUGAUUUCAGGUUUAACUUAAACACAGGUUUAAAGUUGUGGUUUAAGUAUGGAUAGCCAAUUGUUACAUAAAUCACUAACGGUAGAGAUAUCAUAUUUCAGCUCAUUUGGCUCUAAAAUCAUUCAUAAUUGUCUAGGAAGUAUAAAUAGAUGGUUGUCUUCACCAUCGAUGAAUCAGGAAAGAGCACAGUAAACACAAGAAACAUACAACUUAAUAAAAAUUUUGACACUUGGCUUCUCAUAUUAGCACAGAGUUAGACCACGGUCUAAGUUAAACCUGACUUCAGAAUACGGGCCAAUGAAAAGGGUAUCCAUGGCCUUUGAUGGGGGCUUUGAUUAAUUCACACCCUGCGAUUUUGUGUACAAGUGUUAUGGAGAAAAAAGAUGGCUUGUUGGAUGUUCCAAGCACAUUGCUGUGGAUCAGCUAGCAGACGGAUAAUUGGGCUCUGCAACUUUGUGAUUGUUCAUAAGUCUAAUUUUGUAAUUGAUUGCAUUUAUCAUCGUGUGUAGUUAAUUUAGAAAAUCAAUUUUAUGUUCAAUUACAAAGCCAUGCAUAGUUUCUAGCGAUCAACACCUGGUGAUGAAUAGUGUAGUAGGUUUCACGGUAUACCAUGUAUCUUUCUUGGGCAAAUUUUGGUCCUGACAAUGGUGAUGAAGUUAUAGGGCGAUAACGAGAAAUGCCUUGAAUAAAUUCUGCAAUAAUAUCUUAAUGUCAUAUUGAGGACCAAUAUGGAUGGUCUCGUCAGAAUGGAUCAGUAGAGGAUCCAGGUAGGGGCUUAUCCGGCCCAUGCCCCCCCCCCCUUUUUUUUUGAGGCAGUUUUUUUUUUAUAGGGGAAUAUGUGAUGCAUACGCACGCAAGUGAAGACCAUUUCAUCUUUUUUGCUUGUCAAAUUUUUCCUGGAAUAAAAUGACCAUUUUGUAGUGAAAACCUUUUUUCUUUUUGGCUUGUCAAAUUUUUCCUGGACGAAAAUCUCCCCCCCCCCCCCUUUGGAAAAUCCUGGAUCCGCCCCUGUGAUGGAUUGAACUCUUUUAACAAGGGCUUUGCUUUAUUUUCUUAGAAAGGUUUGAGAGAUAUGAUAGGGGCUUUGGCCAAAGGCAGUGAAAGUUUGACCAAAUUCUAUGUCGCAAUUUUGUAUUUUUAUAGUUGAUAAAAAUUAUUGAUUGAUAAUAUAUUUCACUGGUAGGAAAUUGACAGGUAGUGCCAGUGUAGCCAAUGCCUUGAUCUGGAUAUCAUCAUACACCGUAUGCUAGGUGUAUUGAUAAAUUCAUUAAUGAAUGAUGAAACUAUUAUUAAUAAAUAAUUUUUUAUCGUAAUAAAAUAUAUCAGAUCGAAAAUGUAUUCUAUUUAAUAUAAUGAUCACAAUCAUUGUUACUGGUCCUAAUGAAAUCAGUACCGGUAAAUGUAUUUCUUCUUUAAUAUCAUGAAUGAGUGUACCGGAAUGGCACUGGUACAUACAUGAACUUGCAUUGCAUCAAUGCACCAUUUCUGCAUUCCUGAGUGUCGUAAAUGGACCAUAGGAGUCUUUCACGAAGCAUCGUGUUGAUUUUCACUGACAAAUCUGCUCUGAGCCGAUCGGAUACAAGGAUUUUCAAUAGCUUACAUGAACAAUUUCAUGAAAUGCACCCUAUAUCUAUUUGUUUGAAACUGUAACAAACAGUGUUUUAACUUGUAUGUGCAAUUAUUUUGUAGUUUUGUAUAAAAUGUUAUUGUUGAUGAUUGUUUGCCAUUAUGCCUAUUCAGAUUCUUUUCACUUUUUUUUUAAUGACACUUGGUUAGGUUUACACUUAUUGAUUAUAUUCAACUGUUAAUAUAUUUGCUUUACAGGUAUUCAUGUUGUUUUGUUUUUUUCUUCAUAACAUUUGGGGCAAAGUUACAAUUAAACAUUUCACUGUUUUAGUCCCUUUCAAUCUCCUAUACCAAUUUCGGUUUGAGCAUGCCAUGCAAAUAUGAAAUAUUUUCAUUGGAUCAUGAGGUAAAAGGUCAAGGUCACAGGAUUAUUGCUCAAACCCUCAUAGGCAGAGAAAUAUGUAGUAAUAAUAAUCAUCUCAUAACUUUAGUGUGAAGGCGAGUGUGCUCACAUAUUCUUUGAGCAGGAGCAUAUUAAAGACCGAUUUUGUGCUGUUUGAACUAGUCUGAAAUAAAGAUUACACCAUUUUGCUAUUCUUUGUGCAAAUUUCUAGUCAUAAUAAUUCAUAGAUUUCUAAUCUUUGUUGUACAGUGUACAACCAAGACACAUAAUAUAAAAAGACAUAUGCUGUGACAUUUUCUUUUCUUGUACUUUUCAGUUGUAUAUCUUCUUGCUACUAAAACAUUCCAUGGGAUUAAAAAGAUUGUUGUCCCAUUCAUAGGCAUGAUUUGUAAAACCGUACUGCAAAUUUGGAUAGAUAAGAAAAUUUUAAUCUUACUCAUAGAUAAUGACCAUUUAUACAUUUGUAGAGUAUAUAUGUAUCUGUUAUGACGUCUUCCAUUCACUCGUAGCUUGAUUACCACAUAAUGUCUUCAGAAAUGAAUUGAUUUUAAAAAUGAAUUAUAAAAUAAAGUAUAUUUUACUGUUGCAAAUGUUAUUUGGAGCACUCGUCUGUUUGUUUUAAACUUUGUUUUUGAAAUAUGUGCUGUCAAAAAUGAAUGUCUAUUUUCUUGUGAAAUAUAUUUGUUUUAACGCUGCAAACACAAUGGUAUCUCUAGUGUAUUUUUGAAGUACUUGUUUUAAGGGCAAGUCGACCUCAAUUAAAAGUUGGUAUGAAUAACUAGAGAAAAAUAAAAGAAGCGCAAUACUGAAAACUUAAAAUUUUACUUUUAAUGAGAAAGUUAUGACCUUUUUAAAUUUUGCAUAUUUUCUCACAUACAAAAUAGGAGUUAUGCAGAUGAGACAGUUGAUGAUAUCACACACUCCUACAUGUAUUUGUUUUGUAUUUUAUCAUAUGAAAUAUUUCUUGCAGAUUUGACAAUAAAGGAGCACCUUAAUUCACAAUAUAUUGCAACAAUGGAAAUCUGACAUACUGUAUUCAGGAGAGACCAAACAUUGUUUUGCAUUUCAUAUUAUGGCAGAAGAACAGAUAUUUUAUAUAAGAUAAAAAAGAAAAAGUGAGUGGAUGACAUCGUCAUUUCCUUCAUCUGCAUACUGACCAGGAUGGGAACAGAACUGUUUUGUGAAAUUAGGCAAAAAUAUAAAAUGUCCUAACUUUAUUAUCUAACAUUUGAUUUUGGUAAUUAUCAGCUCUAUACUAGUUUGAUUUUUUUUCUUAUCAUUCAAAUAUAAAUAAAACAUUUCAUUGGGGUGGACUUGCCUAAAAUGUAUUUGUUAUGCAGUAUUUUAUCAGAGAACAUUUCAUAAAAUGUAAUGCUUAUCUAGUUCAACAAUCGUAAUAUAAAUGAAUCUGUGACAAAAUA